AUGUGCUGUGUGCAGUGUGAGGUAGCAGUCUGUGCUGAAUGUAUAAUUAUCGACCACCAUCUUCAUAGCCACAAAUAUUUGAAAGAUGCGGCAGAUGAAUACAAAGAGGAACUUGCAGUAAGAGUAGUGAAACUUAAAGACAAGGAAGCUUCUACAACUGAUGCUCAGGUCCUGGUGCAGACUAUAUCCGAGUCACUUGAAAAUAAUUUAGCUUUACAAAAGAAAAAGUUGGCAGAGCACACCGAGACGACAAUAGAAAGCAUCACCACUAAAGUGAGAAAGAAUGCCAAAAAACUUAUGGAAGAAAUGGACUUGAACUAUACAAAUAAACAAACUGAUUUACAGGUACAUUUGAAAGAACUUGAAUGUUCUGGGAGUGGAUUGAAAUAUGCUCAAGAGUUUGCUGAGCACUUGAUUCACUAUGUGAGUCCCACACUGCUGAUAUCUUCAAAGACCGGAAUAGCAUCACAAUUACAAGAACUGAACCAAGUGAAGGAGCGGCAUGAAUUGGUAAAUGAUGACUACAUAGAGUUCUUACCUUCUGGUGAGUUUUGUUCAACAGGAACACUAGGAGAACUGCUUUCCAGAGUGCCAUUUGAAAUUGCAAGCAUCUCACAGGAUCCACGAGUAGGAGACAGAUGUAAUAUCAUUGUAUCACCAGGAAACGCUGACUUAUCCACCAAAGUCAGGGCCACACCUAUCAAUUUUGUUAAAGCUUUAAUGAAGACAUCGGAUGAGAAUACUGAAGAUGUUCAAUUUCUUGACAAUAAGGAUAAUACUAUCUCUGUGGUGUACACCACUACAAUGAUGGGUGUACAUGAACUCUCAAUAACAGCUUAUCAAACACAUAUACUGGAUCACCUGUUAAGAUCAACGUGGCUCCUCAAAAGGAGUUAUUAUGUAAAUUUGGUGGUGAUGGUUCGGGAAAUGAACAAUUACGUCAUCCAUUGGGAGUAA